ACCACACUGCUCUUCGACAAACUGCAUUAUUUGUUACUAGUGCAUUACAGUAAGCUGCAAGGAGCUGCUUCAUCCCCAGUGAUGGCAUUCCUAACAGAAGACAACUUGAUGAGAACCAUCUCACUUGAAAGGGUGGUGGCCCCCAUUGCCACUCACCUGUUUUACCUCUUAUUGCUGUCUGAGAGUGAAGCUGACACAGAGCAAUUCACACAGCUGGAGGUGUCAGGGUGUGCAGUUGCCAAGGCCUCCAGAAACAUGGCUAAUGUAGCAUCAAGAGUAAUAUCAGAGUCAGAUGAUGAUAUCAUGAGGAUUGAAAUGAGUCCACUGCUAGAAUCCCUAAUUAUUUCUGGUCAGCAAGUGCUUCUUGAAACACAGAAGCUAAGCAUACAGCCAGAAGUUACAGAGCACAGAGGAGAGCUGGUUAAAGCCACUCAGAAUGUACUGCUGGGAGUGCUAAAGAUUCUUUUGGUGGAAGAUGAUGCAACCAUAAGAAAAAUCACAGCAGCUGCUCAUUGGCUUUUGGCUAGCCUGAGCGAAGUAGGAGUUGCUACAAACCUCAAAUCAUUACUAAAAGCAUUCCAGUUAUACUCCAAGGCAAUGCUGUUGCUUCAUAACUUGGUGAUGGAAAGGAUAGAAGAAGUAUGUGAUUACAGAUGUCAAAGUGUGAAAGCCUCUGUGGGAAAUUUAAGAAGUUGUAUCUCAAUGCUUCACACUGCUGUGUACUUAACAAUCAAACACCCAACCAGUGAGGAGGCACUGGGUGCAAAGAAAUACAUCUUCCAUCUAGUCAACUCCACUGUAAAUGAUAUUAUAAUCACACUCAAGAGUAACUGUAAAAGCAUGCACAGAGGUAAAUACGGGCACUAUACCGGCAAGUGGAAGAUGUUACUGAAGUUGCUAUCAGACAGAGAAUUCAGUUCGUUUAUAGACUCUAACUUUGACAUUGUGCUGCUAGACUUGGUAGUCUACAGCAAGGCUGUUGCAAACUGCUCUCGGAAAGAAAUUCAAUCUUGUCUGACUGCAAAUUGUAGACGUGUUCUUCACCUGUGGCUACAAAUAUCACAGCAGAUAAAAGGUUGCAAAGAUAAGCAGAAGUCAAAAGUUUUUCAAGAUAAUACAUAUGUCUCUUUAAUACAACAAAUCCAUAAGCUUGAUGAAGCUGUGGUGAAAGCAACCAUUUACCUGGUAAUGGACACAUUUGUCUUAACCUCAAAUCCUAUAGAGCAAUUUGUAAACACUACAUAUUCCCUCCCUGAAAAUGACCCAUAUGGUGCAUUUCAUUUGGAUCCCAUCCAACCUCUGUCUAAGAGUUUAAUAGUUUACACAGACCGUAUCUUUGAAGUAGCCAGCUUUGUUUCAGCUUUAGCCUUUGAUGAAAUAAGUGUUGAGAAUGUGGAAAACUCCAUGUCCUGCCUUAACUAUCUAAAGGAUAGCAUCAUAGUUCUUCUGCAGGAGCUGAGAGAAGACUCAGUGCAGUACCAUAGAACUUCACAUAAACUGAAUCAUUUUUACUAUAAAUGGGUGGAAGAAACAAAACAACUACAAAAUGCAUUCUGUGAGGUCAUAAAUGUAAAGAAUAUCAUACAUCCCUUUGUACAAGAAAUGAAUAAUGACUUGGAUAGCUGUGUAGAGGCACACAAGGACCAGGACUUUAACCUAUUGAGAAAAUAUAUGCGAUUUCUAACUGUUCGAAUGAACCAGGUGAUUUGUUUUGUGAGAAGACAUUUGGAUAAGAGUGAUGACCCCAUCUACCGCAAUGGCUUACUCAUACUUGUUAGACAAGCUGAGCAUUCUGUAGCUAAAGUAACAGGGUAUGCAACAGACACAUUUAACACCAAUUUUCAUGGGAAUGCAUUCUCCUUGUUAACUGACAGUGCCAGAGAGGCCAUCAAGGUCUUUGAUAUUCUUUAUAAGGGUUUAGAUGGACUACAGCAUCCACAUCUGCUUAGCCCAUUGCGAGAAGCAGUCUGGCAACCUGCUACUACUCGUCCAGUCCUACUCAUUACAGAGCCCCAAAAGCCAACAGAUAAUCAGGAACUCUCUGUGCAAUUAUAUAAUGGAAAUAAAAAGGAAGAAUUAGUAAAGUGUAACGACAAAGAAAAUAAGAAAGAAAAUGUUAAACAUAUAACAAGUUACCAUUUUGAAAACAACAAACUGGUAAUACCAUCAGUUAUGGACUCAACUUCUGCUGAAAUUACUCAAGAUCUUGACUUGUUGCCUCUCUUAUGUGAACUUGUUCACAUUACUAAAGCCAAAGAUGUUGAAGCUUUAAAUACAGCAUGCACUGGUAUUGUAGAACUUUCAAGCUGCUAUACCCAGGCUACAGAAGAGGCUACAUGUAUAGUAGAAGGAACUGCUAAUCAGGAAAUAAAAAUUCUUCGAUCUAAACUAGUUGCUCUGACACCACUGCUUGUCCAGACAGCACAAGAGACAGCUAUGAGCUCAGCCAGGAGCACAGAAACUGUCUAUAGACACAGCACUCAGUUUUCCGACCUCAUAAAAAAAACAAAGAAGAUCCUGCUUCCAGUAGUUGGCAUGUGGUACUUUGCAGUCCAAGCUAUGAUUCAUGGCUGUUCACCAAACAUAACAGACUCCUGCAUCCAAGAACUCACAGAGGUCAUGUGUUUGUGUACAGACACAGUUCAGCUCGUGAUGACCUGCAGUACAAAUUAA